AAAACAGAUUUGAGCCUAAGCACAAUACAUCAUCAGAAGAUACAAUGACACAAGGAACCAUAAAACUAAGUCAAUCAAUUUUGCAAGAAUUUUUAUCAACAGAGCAUUAAAAUCUCCAAACACAAUUUCCAGAUUUACCAUUAUCAUCUCAGUUUAUCAUCCAAACUAAAAGUUCCAGAACUAGAUCAAUUUCACCAACAUUUACAAUCAAAAUUGUCCCUUGUCUAACCCCAUCACUCGUCUCACCACGGUUCUAAGAUCCAUUGGCUAGCCAAAUCCAAAACAAAUCCUAGGUAUUUAAUUAAACCUAGACUCUGACAUCACAAAAUCUUAAUUAAACCUAAGCUCUGAUACCACUAAAUCUGUCACGCCCUAGAACCCAAAUCCGAGGCGCGACAGACGCUGUGCACUCGUGAGACGGGUCUCACAAAAACACAAGGCUCGGAACUUAUUCAAAUCCCAAACUCUAUUCUCGCAAAAUCUGUUUUAAUACCAUAAAAUUCAAGGUACAAUCUAUCUUCCAAGAAACAUGAUUUAUUUCUAAAAUUAUAUCAAUCUCGAAAUGGCUAGCCUUCUAACUCGUCACUCCCAAUGGUUUCCAUGUCUCGGGUCAUACUACCUGAAAUGGUGGACAAGGGAAAAUCAUGAGAUAAAAUAUCUCAGUAAGUAAACAUGGGGGCCCGACAUCAAAGUUUAAAGCAUGCCAAAUAAUCGGUUGAAACAUGAACAGAGCGUUUCAAGAACAGAGCGUUUUAAUAACAAAUCAUUAAUGCAAAAUAAAAUCACGUAGUGGUCUCCUCUAUUAGUCAUGGCCAGUGUUAUAAACCUCCCACUGGCAAGCACACGAGUACUAGUGUAUAAUCCCCACUAGUAGGGCCACGAGUGAACCGGUUCUAUCAAUAACAUGUCGACAUGUGCUAGCGUUUAUAAACCUCCCACUAGCGGGCACACGAAUAACAUGACCAUAUCGGAGACAAAACCAAGCAAGAUUUACAGAAACCACGAUUCACAAUCGUUCUCACGUUAAAAAAUAAACCAAAGAAUCUCAUGUGGGCAUGCUCACUUCUAGAAAAGAAGGAAAAUAAUAAAAGUUCAAAUUCCCUUUUUAAUCAUGCUCAAAUGCAAAUAAAUCCAUUUAAACCUCGCCACCAUCUCAGAAAACAAUUAAAAUAUUCUUCAACAU